CGAGCCCCGGUUGCUUUCCCUUCUUCACUGCACUUCCUCCUUCCCGUCACUUUCGUCACGACCUAUAACCCUCACCACCCCCCGCAAUCCCUCAUUUACUUCGUCAUGCCGGCAGCUAAUAACUCCAGCUAGAUCGGAGAAGCUCACCGCAAGUGACGGGAUCCCUCAAGCCCCUAUAUCUCACUACCCCCGCUCUCUCUUUCUGUAUCCCUCUCUCUCCCGACUUUCUUCUACAAAGCAAAGACUCGUUGCCGACUUCUCCAACCUAAAAGACGACACUCUCACUUUGAAGAGAGAGAGAGAGAGAAAGUGAGAGCUUAGAAAGAGAGCUUGGUAUCGAGAUGUAAUGGCGGAAACCUCAGGCGGCGGUGAUGCAAUCCGGGCUUUCAGGGAGAUAGGCGGUUGGGGGGAGGAGGGGGUAAUGGCGGAGGGUAUGGCCAGGGCGGGGGAGGGGGAGAAGAGGAGGCAGGAGAAGACCCUGGCGUUCUACGAGCUGUUCGUGUUCGCCGACCGCUGCGACCUGGCUCUCAUGGCGGCGGGGAGUCUUGGCGCGGUGGUGCACGGGUCGGCGAUGCCGGUUUUCUUCCUACUGUUCGGCGAUCUCGUCAACGGGUUCGGCAAGAACCAGGAGGACCUCGGCAAGAUGACCAACGAGGUCUCCAAGUAUGCUCUCUACUUCGUCUAUCUCGGUGUCAUCGUGUGCUUAUCCUCGUAUGCCGAAAUCGCGUGCUGGAUGUACACGGGAGAACGGCAGGCGGGUGCGCUUCGCCGGCGGUACCUGGAAGCAGUUCUAAAACAAGACGUCGGAUUCUUCGACACCGACGCCCGGACGGGGGACAUCGUAUUCAGCGUCUCCACGGACACCCUCUCGGUCCAGGACGCCAUCAGCGAGAAGUUCGGUAACUUCAUCCACUACCUCUCCACUUUUUUGGCUGGCCUCGUAGUCGGCUUCAUCUCCGCCUGGAGAUUAGCUCUCCUCAGCGUGGCGGUGAUUCCCGGCAUCGCCUUCGCCGGCGGCCUCUACGCCUAUACUCUCACGGGCCUCACCUCCAAGAGCCGGGAAUCCUACGCCAAUGCCGGCAUCGUCGCAGAGCAGGCAAUUGCACAAGUGCGAACUGUAUAUUCAUUUGUUGGAGAGAGCAAAGCCCUCGAUUCCUACUCAGAAGCAAUUCAGAACACACUGAAGCUUGGGUACAAAGCAGGGAUGGCAAAAGGUUUGGGGAUUGGGUGUACAUAUGGUAUUGCAUGCAUGUCAUGGGCCUUGGUGUUCUGGUAUGCUGGUGUCUUCAUCAGAAAUGGACAAACUGAUGGUGGAAAAGCUUUUACGGCCAUAUUUUCUGCCAUUGUUGGUGGGAUGAGUCUAGGCCAAGCAUUCUCAAAUCUCGGAGCCUUUAGCAAAGGGAAAGCUGCUGGAUACAAGCUGAUGGAGAUCAUCAAGCAAAAGCCCUCCAUUAUUCAAGAUCCCUCUGAUGGAAAAUGUUCGCCUGAGGUCCAUGGAAACUUAGAGUUCAAAGAUGUUACUUUUAGCUACCCAUCAAGACCUGAUGUCAUUAUCUUCCGAGAUUUCUCCCUUUCCUUUCCUGCAGGGAAGACCACUGCGGUUGUUGGAGGUAGUGGGUCUGGCAAGAGUACUGUUGUGGUUCUGAUUGAAAGGUUUUAUGAUCCUAACCAGGGGCAGAUUCUGCUAGAUAAUGUGGAUAUAAAGACGUUACAACUGAAAUGGCUGAGAGAGCAAAUUGGAUUGGUGAGCCAGGAGCCAGCACUUUUUGCAACAACCAUACUUGAGAACAUACUAUAUGGAAAGCCUGAUGCCACAAUAGCUGAAGUCGAAGCUGCUGCAUCGGCUGCUAACGCUCAUAAUUUCAUUUCUCUACUUCCGAAUGGUUACAACACCCAGGCAGGAGAACGAGGAGUCCAGCUAUCUGGUGGCCAGAAACAACGGAUUGCUAUUGCUCGUGCCAUGCUAAAGAACCCGAAGAUCCUCCUCCUUGAUGAAGCCACCAGUGCCCUGGACACGGGUUCUGAGAGCAUUGUUCAAGAAGCCCUAGACCGUCUCAUGGUUGGGAGAACAACUGUAGUUGUUGCACACCGGCUCUCUACCAUCAGAAACGUUGAUAUGAUAGCUGUAAUACAGCAAGGUCAAAUUGUUGAGACUGGGACCCAUGAAGAGCUUCUUGCAAAGGGCACCUCAGGAGCCUAUGCCUCUCUUAUACGGUUCCAGGAGAUGGCAAGAAACAGGGACAUUGGUGCCCCAUCCACUCACAGUUCCCAAUCUUCACGCCUGAGCCAUUCGCUUUCCACUAAAUCUCUGAGCCUUCGGUCUGGAAGUUUGAGGAACUUGAGCUAUCAGUACAGCACAGGAGCAGAUGGCCAUAUAGAGAUGCUUCCUAAUGCAGAUAAUGAUCGCAAGUACCCAGUACCACGUGGUUACUUUUUUAAGCUUCUCAAGCUCAAUGCACCAGAGUGGCCUUACAGUAUCUUGGGUGCCAUUGGAUCUGUCCUCUCUGGGUUCAUAGGCCCAACAUUUGCAAUCGUGAUGAGCAAUAUGAUUGAAGUGUUCUACUAUAGGGACCCAAAUGCAAUGGAGCGGAAGACAAGACAGUAUGUGUUCAUGUACGUUGGCACAGGGCUUUAUGCUGUUGUUGCCUAUCUGGUUCAGCAUUAUUUCUUCAGCAUCAUGGGGGAAAAUCUCACCACCAGGGUGAGGAGAAUGAUGCUUGCUGCGAUUUUAAGGAAUGAAGUGGGCUGGUUUGACGAGGAGGAGAACAAUUCCAGCCUUGUAGCUGCUCAUUUGGCUACAGAUGCAGCUGAUGUGAAGUCUGUAAUUGCUGAGAGGAUCUCGGUGAUCCUGCAGAACAUGACUUCUCUCCUUACAUCCUUCAUAGUUGGCUUCAUUGUUGAAUGGCGGGUUGCUCUUCUUAUUAUUGCCACCUUCCCUCUUCUUGUCCUCGCCAACUUUGCACAGCAACUCUCGCUGAAGGGAUUUGCAGGGGACAUGGCAAAAGCCCAUGCCAGGACGAGCAUGAUUGCCGGAGAGGGUGUGAGCAACAUCCGCACCGUGGCAGCCUUCAAUGCACAGGAUAAGAUUCUCUCGCUCUUUCAUCAUGAGCUUGAAGUACCCCAGCAACGCAGUCUCCGUCGGAGCCAGACAUCUGGCCUUCUUUUUGGCCUGUCCCAGCUUUCUCUCUAUUCCUCAGAGGCUCUCAUCCUCUGGUAUGGUGCUCAUCUUGUCCACUCUGGUGCUUCCACCUUCUCCAAGGUGAUCAAGGUCUUUGUUAUCCUUGUCAUCACUGCCAACUCAGUCGCCGAGACAGUCAGCCUUGCACCAGAGAUCAUCCGAGGUGGCGAAUCCAUUCGCUCCGUCUUCUCUAUCCUCAACCGGCUGACCCGCAUUGACCCUGAUGAUCCAGAAGCUAAGCCUGUUGGCUCCAUUCGUGGCGAGAUCGAGCUAAGGCAUGUUGACUUCGCUUACCCAUCUCGGCCCGAUGUCCCCAUCUUCGAAGACUUCAACCUAAGAAUCCAUGCUGGCCUGAGCCAAGCUCUUGUUGGGGCCAGUGGAUGUGGGAAGAGUACCGUCAUUGCUCUCAUUGAGCGGUUCUAUGAUCCCACUGCAGGGAAGGUCAUGAUAGAUGGCGAAGACAUCCGGGGGUUGAAUUUGAAGUCCUUGAGACUCAAAAUUGGACUUGUGCAGCAGGAGCCUGUGCUCUUUGCUGCAAGCAUUUUCGAGAACAUUGCAUAUGGAAAGGAUGGGGCGACUGAGGACGAGGUGCUUGAGGCGGCACGGGCUGCCAAUGUGCAUGGGUUUGUAAGCGCACUGCCCAAGGGUUACAAGACGCCGGUGGGUGAGAGAGGGGUGCAGCUAUCAGGUGGGCAGAAGCAGAGGAUUGCGAUUGCAAGGGCGGUGCUGAAGGACCCGGCAGUGCUGCUUUUGGACGAGGCAACGAGCGCAUUGGAUGCGGAGUCAGAAUGUGUUCUGCAGGAGGCUCUGGAGCAGUUGAUGAGAGGCCGGACGACCGUCCUGGUGGCGCACCGCCUAUCCACAAUUCGAGGGGUGGACUCCAUUGCAGUGGUGCAGGAUGGGCAUAUCGUGGAGCAAGGGAGCCAUGCCGAGCUGGUGGCCCGGGCUGAUGGGGCAUACGUCCGGCUGUUGCAGUUGCAACACCAUUGUGUUUGAUGGAAUGGCACCAGCCUGCACCUUCCCUCCAAUUGGACCUCCUUACAUCUGCAGUUUUGAGACCGUCUUGACGGCCGCCGGUCUUUUGGGUGUUCUACUGAAGAGCUGUGAUGUAGAUAUGAGUGUGGGGUUUUAGCGUACGCUGCGCCCCUCUAUUCUCCAAUGAGAGGGAGGAAAUGUUGGUUAUGUUGUUAUCAUUAUAUAUGGAUGGACUUAAUUUAAA